GUAAAAUCACGUUAAUAAAGCAAUCUCCUUCGAAGCAUUUGACAUAUAUCUCGCCAUGGUUACUCGAAAGUCUGGUCUCUUGACCGCACUCAUAAUCCUGUUGAAACUGGUCCAUGCCAAUCCGGUGGAACACGAUCCGACGGACCUCAAAUUGGUGGAAGAUCAGAGCGAAGUCGCUCACAUCUACAGCAGAACAAACCCUGAUGGUGAGAAAUGGAUCGGUUAUGACGAUGACAGUGAAGAAGAAUACAAUCGGAAAAUCAGGUUCAAAAAAGCACCCCCUGUGAAGGACGCUGGACCGCCGCCACCACCGCCGCCGCAAAACACGAACACGAAAAGAGAGCUUGAGAAGCGUGUUCCCACAAAAUUCAAAGAUAAGCAUCUUGGAUUCAUUAAAGAGAUUUGUGAUGAGCUUGUGAGACACUUGCGGCCACGAGACUUCGUCAUUUUCGUUGGCAAUAGUGGGAGUUAUAUGAAGUACUGCUUCGACCACCCUCGAAUGGGAGCACUUCCUAUCAGCAAAGCCAGGAGAUAUGAGGGGGUCGCUGAGGCAUCCCGUGAAGCUGACCCCGACAAUUACGGCAAACUACCUGGAAACGACUGGGGCAAGAAAGGAGCUGUUCUAGCCGAUUACUACGGUCGAUACCUACGUCCAAAGUUUCUAGCAAUAGACGAAGAUGGUACUGUAGGAGUUCCAGGUGGUAUGGAGAUUAAUAGAUUUCUCUUGGUAGAUCAUUCCAGUACAGGCAAAUCUGUGGAUGCCACUAAGCUCAUCCUUUACCACUCCUUAUAUUACGCAGCGCUGGUUCAAGACGACCCUUAUCCUGAGGUUAAAAAGCAAAAUUAUGCUAAGAAACCGUGGGCACUAUUCAAUGUCAUUGAUAAGAGGAAGACGAAAAGACUUACUUUGAUGGGGGAUAGAAGGCCUGAUAUGGAACAAAUCACAAACCCAAAAGACGUGACCGUGGUCAAACAUUUUUGGGUUGGGGGUGACAGAGACGUGGACAAAAUUCUUGGUGACGAAGAUCGCCAUUAUCGCAACCAGAUUGACUACUGGCCUGCUCGUUGGAAUCAGCCGGUCACACAUUACUGGGCACAAGACCAGACAAAGAAAAACCAAGCUGAUCAAAUUCGAAAGCAAAUCAAGGAUUAUGUCAAGAAGGUCAACAAGGGCAAGCUCAUGACACCACCAGCCAGCAAGCUCGCACAUAACUGA